AUGAGCACGCGCCUCUCCCAUCCAACACCCAUCCAACCUGAGACGCACAGAGAAUACCAUAAGAAGACAAGACUGUCUAAAGACCCAAAAAUGCUCCAGACGUACGCUAAGAUCAUUGAAGAACAAGAUAGACGGGGUUUUAUUGAAAAAGUUCCCGACGUUGGCAUUCCCGAUUCUCAGCGUGUUCACUAUAUACCCCACCACCCUCUGAACGACAUUACAUCACUUUUAGUACGAUUCAGACUAAAGAAAUUUGCAGUUACUACGGAUAUAGAGAAGGCUUUUUUGAAUAUAGAACUUCACGAGAAAGACCGAGACGUUACGCGAUAUCUCUGGUUGAGCAAUCCAAAGAAUUCAAAAAGCCAACUGAUAACGUUUCGUUUCAAAGCAGUUUUAUUUGGUGCUACGUGCUGUCCAUUCAUUCUGAGUGCAACAAUCAGCAAACAUUUGGAACUAAAUACAGACGUGAAAGCAGCUGGAAUGCUGUCAUGUGAUCUUUAUGUUGACAACGUCUUGUCGAGUUUUAACACGGAAACGGAACUGCUUACGUACUACCAAGAAGCAAGAGAACUUAUGAAAAGAGCAGGUACCUGGUAUGAACCUCAGAUUCUGGGUAUCAAACAAUGA